CGCUCUAAAGUCAAAAGCACAAAAUCGAAAGGCAAAACGUCAAAUUUACUUGUUUAUUAAAAAUUCGUAACUAUAAUUGUUCUAGGAAUAAGAAUCACUUAAAAUCGAGUGUUUUAGGAUAAUUCCUUCAUCUUAAACUUAUAGUAACUUAAGACAAGUGUAGUGAUUACCAGUAACCGUGUAAUGGAGUAGAGUGAAGUUCGUGUGAUCACAGCGUACGUGUAUUAUGGCUCAAAGAUUUCCUCCCGGUGGGCCUCCUGUUGGUCCAAGCGGACCCGGCGGGCCGGGUGGGCCGGGGCCGGGUCCCGGACCGGGACCGGGUGGGCCGGCCGGCGCGGCGCUGCCACCGCAGCCGCGGUACGCAGGGGCUGCGCCGCCUCCUAACGCCAUGCCGCCACGACCCUAUCCUGGACCCAAUUUUCCGCAACGCAGUGGUUUCACCCCGCCGCCCGUGUCGGCCGGCGGCACGCCGCGGCCCGCGCCGUACGGCGGGGCCCCGCACGCGGCGCCGCACGCCGCGCCGCACGCCGCACCGCACGCCCCGCCGCACGGCGGCGCCCCGCAGGCGCCCGGCGCGCUGCGCCCGGCGCCCGGCCCCGCGCCGCCCGGCGGCAAGCGCCCGCCGGACAACAGAAGCCCACUGCCGCCGCAACAUAAGCCGCCCAAUAUGUACAAUAACGAGUACGCAGCUGGCGGUGGCAAGCGCAAGAAGCGUCUGGCGGACAAGAUCCUUCCGCAGAAGGUCCGCGACCUGGUCCCCGAGUCCCAAGCCUACAUGGACCUGCUGGCAUUUGAGAGGAAACUGGACGCCACCAUAUUGAGAAAGAGGUUGGACAUUCAGGAGGCGCUCAAGCGGCCUAUGAAGCAGAAACGGAAGCUGAGGAUUUUUAUAUCCAACACUUUCUAUCCAGGUCAGGGCGACAACGCGGUGGCGUCGUGGGAGCUGCGCGUGGAGGGCCGCCUGCUGGACGACGCCAAGGGGGACCCCGGCAAGGCGCCGCAGGUGAAACGCAAAUUCUCAUCAUUCUUCAAGUCAUUGGUGAUUGAACUGGACAAGGAGCUGUACGGCCCCGACAACCACUUGGUGGAGUGGCACCGCACCCUCACCACGCAGGAAACUGACGGAUUCCAGGUGAAGCGGCCCGGCUACAAGAACGUGCGCUGCACCAUCCUGCUGCUGCUGGACUACCAGCCGCUGCAGUUCAAGCUGGACGGGCGCCUGGCGCGCCUGCUCGGCGUGCACACGCAGACCAGGCCCGUCAUCGUCAACGCGCUGUGGCAGUACGUCAAGACGCAUCGUCUGCAGGAUCCUCAUGAACGUGAAUGGGUCGUCUGCGACAAAUACCUGGAGCAGAUCUUCGGCUGUGCACGUAUGAAGCUUGCUGAGGUCCCGGGCCGCCUGGCCGCGCUGCUGCACGCGCCGGACCCCAUCGUCAUCAACCACGUCAUCGGCGUCGAGGCGCCGCACGACGCCAAGCAGACCGCCUGCUACGACAUCGACGUCGAGGUGGACGACACUCUGAAGUCCCAGAUGAACAGCUUCCUGCUGAGCACGGCCAACCAGCAGGAGAUCCAGGGCCUCGACGCCAAGAUACAUGAGACGGUGGACACAAUCAACCAGUUGAAAACGCACCGCGAGUUCUUCUUGUCGUUCAGCAAGGACCCGCAGCAGUUCGUGCAUAAGUGGCUCGUCUCGCAGUCUCGGGAUCUUAAGACGAUGAACGGCGGUGGCGGCAAUCCCGAGGAGGAGCGGCGCUCGGAGUUCUACUCGCAGCCGUGGGCCGGCGAGGCCGUCGAGCGCUACCUGUCCGCGCGCCUCGCGCAGCGCCGCCAGCAACUCGACGCGGCGCUCACGCCACAUCUCACUAGACUGUAAACUAGCCUAUAGCUGUAUUAAGACCACUGUACUAGAUCUAAUAAGAAUAAACGAUUUUGUAAUCAUG